CCCAUUUCUUGAUCCACAAAGGUGAGAUUUUGGGAACAAAAAUAUAUACCUAAUGGCAGCUCCUAUCGAGAUUUUGAGCACUUCUUUGAUCCAAAAAUCUCCUCUCCUUCCUUCUUCGACCUCUCGAAUGCUUCGAGGGGUGCAGAGCAAGCUCUGCUUCUCCCCUGCUUUGUUUCCAUUGAGACAAAGGAGUCUUUGUGGGGUGAGGAGAGUUGUGACAACACCAACAGCAGCAGUGGUUACGGAGAGAGUGGUGAAGGUGGCGGCGGAGAAGCCGGUGAGCUUUAAGGUCAGGGCGGCAGUGACGGUGAGGAAGAAGAAGAAGGAGGAUUUCAAAGCAAAGAUUGCGAGGCAGCUCGAUGCCUUCUCUGAUAAGCUCGGUAGAAACAUCGUUUUGGAGCUUGUCAGCACCGAGAUCGAUCCACGGUCACAGAGGCCGAAGACUAGCAAGCAGGCAGUCCUCAGGGACUGGUUUGAGAAGAAGAAUGCAAAGGGAGAGAGGGUGGUGUACAUAGCUGAGUUCAUGGUGGACUCCAGCUUCGGCACGCCGGGAGCCAUCACGGUGCUCAACCGGCACCAGAGAGAGUUCUUCUUGGAGAGCAUCGUCGUCGAGGGCUUCGCUUGCGGCGCCGUCCACUUCUCCUGCUACUCAUGGGUCCAACCCACCAGAAUUCACCCCAACCAGAGGGUCUUCUUCAGCAACAAGCCUUAUUUGCCUUCAGAGACACCCCCUGGCCUGAAGGAACUCAGGGGAAGGGAGUUGAAGGAGCUAAGGGGCGACGGCACCGGGGAGAGGAAGCUCACUGAUAGAAUUUAUGACUAUGCUACUUAUAAUGACUUGGGCAACCCCGACAAGGGGAUCGAGUAUGCCCGGCCAGUCCUCGGAGGAGAGAAAAUACCAUAUCCAAGGAGAUGUAGAACAGGGAGGCCUCCAACCAAUACAGAUAUGCAUGCCGAGAGCCGAGCGGAGGAUCCAUUGCCAAUAUAUGUGCCUCGUGAUGAAGCAUUCGAGGAGGCAAAGCAGGAGAUGUUAUCGGCAGGUGCACUGAAAGCAUUGCUCCACAACCUUGUGCCAUCUCUUGUUGCAUCCUUCUCCCCAGAGAGCCAUGACUUCAAGGCCUUCCACGACAUCGACAACCUUUUCAAAGAAGGCCUUCGCCUGAAGCAGACCUUACAAGACCAGCUGUUCCACAAGAUUCCAUUUGUGAGUAAGAUUGAAGAGUCAAGCGAAGGCCUACUCCGAUAUGAUACCCCUGACAUCAUAACAAAGGACAAGUUUGCAUGGCUGCGCGACGAUGAGUUCGCUCGACAAGCACUCGCUGGCAUUAACCCUGUCAAUAUAGAGCGGCUUCAGGUAUUCCCCCCUGUGAGCAAGCUCGAUCCCACCAUCUACGGUCCGCCUGAAUCUGCCAUCAAAGAAGAACACAUCACUGGCCAUCUCAAUGGCAUGUCAGUCCAACAGGCAUUGGAGGAGAACAAGCUCUUCAUAUUGGAUUUCCAUGAUGUUUACCUCCCAUUUGUUGACCGGAUCAAUGCACAAGAUGGAAGGAAGGCCUAUGGCACAAGAACUCUCUUUUUUCUCACUCCACUUGGGACUCUAAAACCAAUAGCCAUUGAGCUCUGUCUCCCACCAGCAACGCCUGGUUGUUCAAGGGCCAAACGUGUCCUCACACCACCAACUGAUGCCACUAGCAAUUGGCUCUGGCAACUUGCCAAGGCUCAUGUCUGCUCCAAUGAUGCUGGCGUCCACCAACUUGUCAACCAUUGGUUGAGGACCCAUGCAUGCAUGGAGCCCUUCAUAAUAGCCGCACAUCGACAAUUAAGUGACAUGCAUCCAAUCUUCAAGCUGCUCAAGCCCCACAUGAGGUACACCCUCGAGAUCAAUGCCCUCGCUCGCCAGAUCCUUAUCAAUGGCGAUGGAGUCAUUGAGUCUGGCUUCACCCCUGGAUCAUGUUGCAUGGAGAUCAGUGCCUCCUUCUACCGGGAUCAUUGGCGUUUCGACCAAGAGGGCCUCCCAGCCGAUCUCAUCAGAAGAGGCAUGGCCAUAGAGGACCCCAGCCAACCCCAUGGGCUGAAGCUUGUGAUGGAGGACUACCCCUACGCCAACGACGGCCUCCUCCUCUGGUCCGCCAUCCAAUCGUGGGUCCGGACGUACGUAGAGGCCUGCUACCCCACCCCACACGUGGUCCAAGCCGACUCCGAGCUCCAAGCCUGGUACGCCGAAGCCGUCCGCGUGGGCCACGCCGACAGGAGCGACGCCGACUGGUGGCCCCGGCUCGGCUCCCCAGCCGACCUCUCCUCCAUCCUCACCACCCUCCUCUGGCUUGCGUCGGCUCAGCACGCCGCGCUCAACUUCGGCCAAUACCCGCUCGGCGGCUACGUCCCGAACCGCCCACCGCUGAUGCGCCGGCUAGUCCCCGCCGAGGGCGACCCGGAGUAUGAGAGCUUCGUCGCCGACCCCCACCGAUUUUUCCUCUCGGCGCUGCCGAGUUUGACGCAGGCCACCACGUUCAUGACCGUCAUCGACACACUCUCCACGCACUCGGCGGACGAGGAAUACCUCGGGGAGCGCGGGGAUUCGUACACGUGGACGGAGGACACCGCGAUGGUGGACGCGUGGCACGCCUUCGCCGCGGAGGUGAGGCGCGCCGACCAGGAAAUCGCGCGCCGGAACGCCGAUCCGGCGAGGAGGAACCGCUGCGGCGCCGGGGUUUUGCCGUAUGAAUUGAUGGCGCCGAGUUCGCCCCCCGGGAUCACGUGCAGGGGGGUGCCCAACAGCGUCACCAUUUGAGAGGCCUCUCUUUUUUAAUUGGCUUUCUUUUUUUUUUAAUUGAUA